AUGUUCAGUGAAAAGAGCAGCGCCUCUUUGUCCCAGAAACCCAUCCAGAAAAAGACACGACCUCAGGGCCUCCCCUCCCCUGCUCUCUGCUGCGCUUGUGGACUUUGCAUCAUGCUAGCAGGGAUCAACAUCACUUUAGUGGGAGCAUUUGCCUUUGGGACCUUCCUCCCUGUGAACAACCCUCCCAUCAUCAUCGGACCCAUCUUGCUGGUGGUGGCCUUCACAUUCUUCGGUGCCUGCUGCAUCUGCAGCCGGAGGCCCCCAGCUCACGGGGCAAGGAAAUCCAAACCAGGUUCCAACAUUGGGCUCAUCAAACCUGGCAACACAGCCUUUGAAAUUGAAACUAGUGAGCACACGGUGCAGGAUACCACCGCUGUUCAGCUGAGCCCCACAAAUUCUCCCAUCUCCUCGAAAAAGUCCACACCGGUUCACGAGAACGCGAAGACUUGCAAGCUCUUCACCAUGGAAGGCAAUGGGCCGGUGGCCAAGUACACCACAGGAGGAGAGGCAAUACAGCUCAACUUGCCCAGGGACCUGGCUGCAUCCUAA